AUGAUUACCGGAUUAUGUUACAUCACAGUCUUUUAUCAGCAAGAUAAGAAGAGAAAAACAGCAAAAGAUCAGCAACAACAACAGAAAGAAACCUCGCAAAAUGAACUUCUAUCACAGAUGAUGUCACUUUACGACUUUGAGGUCACUUUUGCUUGUUCUCUUCUUCUUUCUCACACUACGGCUUUUGUGUAA